AUGAUGUAUGGUAGUGAUCAGGACGCUGGUAUGACAUAUGGCAGUGAUCAGGACACUGGUAUGGGGUAUGGCAGUGAUCAGGACAUUAGCAUGAGGUAUGGCGGCGAUCAGGACGCUGGUAUGGGAUAUGAGGGUGAUCAGGAUGCUGGUAUGGGGUAUGGUGGUGAUUAGGAUGCUGGUAUGGGAUAUGGCGGUGAUCAGAUCACUGGUAUGGGGUAUGGCGGUGAUCAGGAUGCUGGUAUGAGGUAUGGCAGUGAUCAGAUCACUGGUAUGGAGUAUGGCAGUGAUGAGAUCGCUGGUAUGGUGUAUGGUGGUGAUCAGGGUGCUGGUAUGGCAGUUGGCGGUAAUCAUGGUACUGGUAUG